AUGCCAACGGACACUAUAUCGCUCCGCAACUGUUACAUGACAGCUGUCAUUGGGCCUGAUGCGUGGAACCGUGCCGGCAAACCGCAACCUAUCGUGCUCACAUUGAAGCUACUCAUUGACACCACUUCCGCCGGCACUUCAGAUGAGAUCGCGCAUACCUUCUCUUACGGACAGAUUCGCAACGAUGUCAGCGUACUUUCUGAUGGUCACUUCCGCAGCAUUGAUGACCUAGCAAGCAGUCUAGUGAGAAUUGCACUUGCCAAGAAUUGGCCUGGCGAAAGCCUUCAAAUUUCUCUACUCGCGCCUAAAGCUCUGCUCAGAGUAGAGGGUGGUCUGGGGCGAGAGGUUACGCUUCGAAAGCAGUGGAUUGAGAACGGAGGCGCCAAGCAGCAAAUCUGGGGCUGGGAGAGGCACGCAUGGCUGGUCAAGACGUUGAAAGUGGCUUGUAUUAUUGGAGUGAACCCACAUGAGAGACUGGAGAAGCAGCAAGUUACCAUCAAUCUCGAAAUUCUGGGCGAGCGUGGAAAAGACGAGGGAGAUUACAAAGAGCAGAACGGAGAGGGAAAGGGCCCGUGGGCGACACUCGUUGCUCGAGUUUGCAGUGUUGUCGAGCCAUCUGACUUCCAGACAUUGGAAGCGCUCGCUGCUUUGAUAGCUAGAACAUGUCUUGAGGACUUUCCAAUUCCCCAGAUUACAGUGUCAGUUGAGAAGCCUAGUGCAGUGACAUUUGCUGAGGGAGCUGGUGUGGAAAUCACAAGAGAUAGAAGUUUCUUGACAUACUGA